AUGGCUCGAGAGGCAGGCAUGUUUAGUGCCAGCGAUAUAGUCGAAGCCUUUGAACCUGAAACACCUGCAUUUGAUCGUGAAGUGGAGAGACUUCCAUUGCCGUCUGGUUUCCAAUGGGGAACCGCUACAGCGGCAUAUCAGAUCGAAGGGGGUGCCAGUCAAGAUGGGAAAGGUCCCUCUAUUUGGGAUACUUUCUCUCAUCUGAGCCCUUCCCGCACCAAUGGGCAGAAUGCAGAUGUUGCCUGCGACCACUACAACAGAACCAUAGCGGACAUCACGCUGAUGGCAUCACUGAGGGUGGACGUGUACCGGUUCUCUAUUGCAUGGUCUCGCAUCAUUCCACUUGGGGGUCGCAACGACCCAAUCAAUGAGCAUGGCAUCGCAUUCUACAACAAUCUGAUCGAUGAACUGUUGGCCCAUAAUAUUGCACCCGUGGUGACCCUCUAUCAUUGGGAUGCACCUCAAGCAAUAUAUGACCGGUAUGGGGCAUUUCUUAACACCGAAGAAUUCCAGGCCGACUUCGCAAACUACGCCCACAUAUGCUUCAGUCGGUUUGGGAAUCGCGUUCGGAGAUGGGUGACAUUCAACGAGCCAUAUAUAAUUUCCAUCUUCGCCCACCUGAAUGGCACUCUAGCUCCGGGACACUGCCGCGAUGUCGGCACUGACACGAAAACCGAGCCAUGGAUUGUGGGCCACACUAUCAUCCUCUCCCAUGCCACGGUCGCUCUGAUGUACGCGGACGAAUUCCGCGAGUCCCAAAACGGAGAGAUCUCCAUCGUACUAAACGGUCAUUAUUACGAACCAUAUGAUCGAUCGAGCAGCCAAGAUCGCGACGCCGCUGAGCGCCGGUUGCUCUUUUACAUCGCCUGGUUUGGAGACCCCGUUCUUCUCGGACAGGACUACCCUGCCGCAAUGCGCGCCUACCUGGGUGAGCGUCUCCCUACGUUCACAGCCAAGCAGCACGAGCUCCUUCAGAGAGCUGCGUCCAUCAACACAUACUAUGGAAUGAAUCACUAUUCUACUAAGUUUGUACGUGCGCUAUCUGAUCCACCGGCUGAGGACGACUGGACUGGCAACACAGAGGAGCUGUCAAUUAACAGUGAAGGCAAAGAGAUCGGGCCUGUGUCGGGGGUCGGUUGGCUUCGGGUUGCGCCAGAAGGUUUUCGGAAGUUGCUGAAUUGGAUCUGGAAGCGAUACCGAUUGCCUAUUACUGUCACGGAGAAUGGUUGCCCUUGUUCGGGCGAGGAAGAUGUCUCCACAGCUGUUGAUGAUACAUUUCGACAGCAUUACUUCGGGUUGUACCUGGAUUCGGUUUCUCGUGCUAUAUAUGAGGAUGGGGUUACCGUUGAUGGAUACUAUGCGUGGAGUUUGAUGGAUAAUUACGAGUGGUCUGCUGGUUAUGGGCCUCGGUUCGGGAUAAUUCAUGUUGAUUUUGAGACUUUGGAGCGGACGAUAAAGGAUUCGGCCUAUUACCUGCGGGAUACUUUCAUCGAUCGUAGGAGAUCAUCAUAG